UUUAUAUUAUUUAUUGUUUCUCUGGCGGUCUCCGAGGCAAUUACUCGGUAUAUCUCAAUGGCUACGGCAGUAAAUUACUCUUAUCUGAGGACGGUGUCUUCUGUGAUCCUUGCCUUCGUCUUCAUAUCGAGUCGAAUACACGCAAUACCCCAGCACUUGGCAGAUGGGGAAAAUGUGGAAAACUUCCCUGAAGACGAUACUGAGAAUUUCCUUGAAAAUAGAGACUUGAGAGAUUGUUUUGUCACAGAUUUGGAGUGCCCAAAUGAAAACAUUUCAUUUUAUUUGUACACCAGAGAAAAUCCCGAAGAUCCAUAUGAAUUAACUCUUGACGACUAUAAUUUGAGAAAAGCACCUUUCGCAAAAGAUACGCCAUUCAAGUUUCUAAUCCACGGGUACACCGGCAACAAAGACUAUGCACCAAAUCCGGAAAUCAGACCCGCUUUGCUGAAGCACGGCGAGUACAAUGUUAUUACCGUCGACUGGGGAAAACUGGCCCAGUCACCCUGCUACAUUCAAGCUACUUCAAACGUUGAGGCUGCGGGAAAAUGCACGGCUCAUUUGAUCGAGGUGCUGGUGAAAAACUACAAUGUGCCGUUCAAAUCAAUUCACUUGAUUGGAUUCAGCCUUGGUGCCCAGGUGACUGGCCAAGUGGCAAAGUAUCUCCGAAACAACAAAGUUGGAAAACUGAGGAGAAUCACAGGACUUGAUCCAGCUAUGCCACUUUUUGCGACUCUCAGCAGAGACACCGUCUUGGACAGAAGCGACGCGCACUUCGUUGACGUUAUCCACACAAACGCCGGAAAUAAAGGCAAACUCGGGCCCAAUGGUCACGUAGACUUUUACGUCAACGGAGGCACGGUUCAACCUGGAUGCGCGGGACCAGAAGUUUAUGACACGGCGAGCUGUUCGCACGCCAGAGCGCCUAUCAUUUAUGCGGAAUCGAUUGACAGUGAGAGUGGCUUUUGGGGAAAAGAAUGUAGAAGCUGGAUCGCUUAUCGAGCAGGUCUUUGCGACUGGUCAACCGACAGCAUAGCCUUGAUGGGCGAGUUCGCUGAACCGAGGAAACAUGGACAAUUCUUCCUGGAUUCGGGGUCACAGCCACCUUACGCCUUGGGCCGCGAUCAUGUUUAUGGGAGGAACUAUUUGCCGAGAAACGUGACUGGUUAAUUCAUUUAAAGUUGAAAUAUUUGAUAUAAUUUUCAUCAGGGUUUAAAUUUAACUAAAAUCUCGAUUAUUUUAAUUUCCUUUUUAUUGAUGUAAAACGUAAGGCUAUGAGGUUUUAAUGUGGCACAAUAUGGGCAUUAUUUACAAUGAUGUUAACUGUUUGGCUGCAGAAAAUUGAGCUUUGGUUGAUGAAUGAGCAAUUUCAGAAUAAAAACGAAUCUCAUUUA